AUGAUAAAAGUGUCUGACAAUAGGAGAACUAUGGGUUCACAACAUUUAUUAAAGUUAAUGAAUAAUAUUCUCCUUGUUACUCAAUAAAGCCCUUAGUUAAUUUCUCUUAUGGAAGUUAAUCAAGAGAAAUUGGAUAUGAAUUUCUUGGUUAAGUAAACUGAAUAAAAAUGUAAUAUUAUAGUUAGGUAAUUGAUGAUAACCAAGGUUUUAGCCCUUAACCAGUAAGCUGGGAGAGAUAGUUGUAGAAUCCUAAAUAAUAGGAGGGUAAAAUGUUAAGCUAAAGAGAUGAAAUACUUAAGCAAAAAAUAAUAACUCAUAGCAAAGUGAAAAAUUUCAACUUAAGUUAUUCAAGAAGAAAGGUAUAAUCUAUCCCUUAAGUCAAACUUACUUAAACCUAGAACAAAUAAUAUAAUUAACCUGAUAAAUAGAUUAAAAUCUACUAAAUGCAGUGGAAAAAUUUUAUGAAUAAAUUUUAAUACUAAUAUUUUAGCCUAAGACUAACUGCUACUAACCUGGAAAAACAAAAGAAUAAAUACAUUUACUUUAAUUAUGAUUAUAGUAAAUCAUACCUACAAGAUCAAAACGGAUAUGUUAGACCUUGGUAAGUUUAUAUUGAUUGA